CUGCAUUGUCGCGUCCUCAGAUAUUGCAUCCUUGGAUCUGAUAAGGUAAUCGGUACGUAUCUAAAUUCAACAACUUCAAUGUUGCACCUACACGUCUUCUAUUCCCUUUCUCCCAUAAAGCCAAUAUGGCAUCUCCAUCUUCGAACACUAGCAAGCGGAAAGCUGCAGAGAAAUCUAUAUCGCCCCCACCUGUCAAGCGCAAAGCUCAGAGCACCAUAUCAAAAGGCGCUGUAGCUAGUUUCUUCACUCCGACCUCUCAAAAGCCCAAAGACCGAACCAACUGGACCGAACGCGCCCCUGACGAUGACACACCUCCCACUCUACUCGUAGGCCGUUAUGAACCCGAGAAUAUAGGCGAAUUAGAUCGUAGGAAAAGGAGGAAGAUAGCAGCGUUUGACCUGGACUCGACUCUAAUCACGACCGCGUCCGGCAAGAAAUUUGGAAAUGACCCUGGUGAUUGGAAAUGGUGGGAUUCUAGUGUGCCGUCUCGCUUGCGAAAGUUAUACACAGAAGAAGAUUACCGUGUUAUCGUUCUCAGCAAUCAAGCCGGCUUAACAUUACAUCCGGAUCCCAAAUCCAAGGGCCCAAAAGCCGGCAAUAAAAACAAAGUCGAAAAUUUCAAACAAAAAUGUAGCGCUGUACUCGCGCAACUCGAUGUCCCAACCACAGUCUACGCCGCCACCGGUCAUGAUGUCUUCCGCAAACCGCGAACCGGCAUGUGGACCGAACUCUGCCGCGACUACGAGAUUCCCGAAGACGAGAUCGACCUCUCGGGGAGCGUAUUUGUAGGCGAUGCCGGAGGUCGAACCGCACAGCUGAAGAAUGCAGAAACAGGUGCGGCGGCCAGCACCAAGGAUUUUAGUUGUUCGGACCGCAACUUCGCGCACAAUGUUGGCAUCUCAUACAAGACCCCCGAGGAAUUCUUCCUUGGCGAACCACCUCGAGAGUUUGUGAGGGACUUCGAUUUAGCUUCUUACCCGUAUCCCGGGACGGAUGCUGGAGAGGACGGCAAGGAUUUGAGUGAGGUUGCGUUCGAGAAGACCAAUAAACAGGAUAUCGUCCUGUUUUGUGGUCCGCCAGGUGCCGGCAAGAGCACUUUCUACUGGCGUCACUUGAAACCCCUGGGCUACGAGCGCGUGAACCAGGAUACACUCAAGAGCCGGGCCAAAUGUUUUAAGGCUGCAACAGAACUCCUAGGCGUAGGGCACUCAGUAGUAAUCGAUAACACGAAUCCUGAUGCAGAUGGUAGGAAGGAGUGGGUUGAAUUUGCGCGGAAGCACGACACACUUAUCCGUUGUGUCUGGUUUAAGGUGCCCAAGGCACUCUGCGAGCAUAACGACGUCGUUCGGGCCCUUAAUAAGUCGAUGAACCCAGAAACACGCGCAUCUCUCCCUGCCCUAGCGUUCAACGGGUUCUUCUCCCGCUUUAAAGAGCCGAAGGUUAAGGAGGGCUUCCAAGACGUAGUCGAGAUCGAAUUCAAGUUCAGCGGCACCAAGGAAGAAUACGCCAUAUGGGGACGUUAUUGGCGCUGAGGUUAAGUUGGUAUUGUCCGAAGUCCCCCAGUCCCAAGCCUUCCGUAACAACCCACAUGUUUUCAACGGCUGGUUAGGGUUGGAUAUUCGUGUUAUAGAUAUCUAGGUGUUUGGACAUACAAUCGCGGCCACUGUUGAAUACUCAGUACUCAAUAUACAAGUCAACCAUAUUCUAAGGACCUCCCUACCUAGUAGUCAGGCACAUACAGCGUAUAGCAAGAUAUUAAGAUAGCUUUCCACAUAGUAGUACCAGAUCCAAC